AAAUGUAUUUCCAAUUCUUCUGUUGUCUAGUGAUACAGGCACAUGUGUUCCAGAGAGUGGACUUUUUGGAUUUAUGAUUAGUGUGACUGCUAUGUUAGGUGCAGCAACAAUGUAUGUACGAUAUAAAAUAGUCCAGAUACAAAAUUCUAGAUCUCCAUUUCUGUGUAGAAAUUUUAACUUCGUGUCUUUGCUAAUUGGAAUAAUUGGCUGCAUUGGAAUGGGCAUUGUGGCUUCUUUCCAGGAGACGUCUGUUCUGAAAGUUCAUGAUACAGGAGCCCUAGUAACAUUUGUGUUUGGUGUCAUCUACAUUUUGCUUCAGUCUAUUAUCUCCUACAAGUCAUGCCCAGAAUGGAACAAAAGAGGAACAUGCCAUAUACGAAUGUCUAUUUCUGUACUGUCAUCCCUUGCUAUAUUUCCCAUGAUUAUAUGUGCAUCCUUAGUUGGCAUUGGGACAUUUAAAUGUGAGCCUGAUGAAGAGCUGUCCCCUUAUCACCAAGCAAGUGCUGUUUGUGAAUGGAUCGUAGCUUUUGGCUUUGUUACCUAUUUCCUAACAUUCAUCAGAGAUUUUUCAGGCUGUAAAUUUGAAGAUUUUAACAGAACUUCAUGAUGAUUUUUGA